GCGCUCCGAGGCGGGGGUGGAGGCGAGAAAGUUUCUUUGCGGCCGAAAGCUUGCGGACGCCGUCGGGCUGUAAGUCUGCCACAGUCGGCCGUCCUUUUUGUGCUUUGUGCCUGCUUCUCUGGGGCAUGAGAAGACUUCCCUAACAAGAGUGCAAGUUUCCCGGGGCCCUCGCGCGCGCUCGGGGGCCGGAGUCCACCCACCCUCGCCUGGAAGUUUGUGCCAAGCCCGGGCGCGGGCUGCGGAGCGCCGGCCGAGCCAGAGACCGCGGGACCGCGAUGGGCGUGCCGCGGCUCCGUGCUCCCGCUGCGGCGCUGGGGCUGCUGCUGUGCGUGGUGCUGGGGCGCGCGGGCCGGGCCGAGGGCAGCCCGCACGGAGGCCCCGGGGCGACCGGGCAGCUCGCCGGAGUCGCCGCCAAACGCCCGUGCCCGGCUCCCUGCCGCUGCCUCGGGGACCUGCUGGACUGCAGUCGCCAGCGUCUGGUGCGCCUUCCCGAGCCGCUGCCGUCCUGGGUCGCUAGGCUGGACCUAAGUCACAACAGAUUAUCUUUCAUCAAGGCAAGUUCCAUGAGCCAACUUCAAAGCCUUCGAGAAAUAAAACUGAACAGCAAUGAACUGGAAACCAUUCCAAAUCUUGGGCCAGUCUCAGCGAAUAUUACACUUCUAUCCUUGGCUGGAAACAGGCUUGCUGAGAUAUUACCUGAACAUCUGAAACAAUUUCAAUCCCUCGAAACUUUGGACCUGAGCAGCAAUAACAUUUCAGAACUUAAAACCCCAUUUCCACAUCUUCAACUCAAGUAUCUGUAUAUCAAUAGCAACAGAGUCACAUCCAUGGAACCUGGGUACUUUGACAACUUGGCCAGUACUCUUCUGGUGUUGAAGCUAAACAGGAACCGGAUCUCAACAAUCCCACCCAAAAUGUUUAAGCUGUCCCAGCUGCAGCACCUUGAACUGAAUAGAAACAAGAUUAGAAAUGUUGAUGGACUCACAUUCCAAGGGCUUGGUGCUCUAAAGUCUCUGAAGAUGCAAAGAAAUGGAGUAACAAAACUGAUGGAUGGAGCUUUUUGGGGGCUGAGCAACAUGGAAAUCUUGCAGCUGGACCAUAACAACCUCACAGAGAUUACCAAAGGCUGGCUUUAUGGCCUGCUGAUGCUGCAGGAGCUUCAUCUUAGCCAGAAUGCCAUCCACAGGAUCAGCCCCGAUGCCUGGGAGUUCUGCCAGAAACUCAGUGAGCUGGACCUAACUUCCAACCAGUUAUCGAGGUUAGAUGAUUCAAGUUUCCUUGGCCUAAGCUUACUAAAUACACUGCACAUUGGGAACAACAAAGUCAGCUACAUUGCUGAUUGUGCCUUCCGGGGGCUUUCCAGUUUAAAGACUUUGGACCUGAAAAACAAUGAAAUUUCGUGGACUAUUGAAGACAUGAAUGGCGCUUUCUCUGGUCUUGACAAACUGAGGAUGCUAACACUCCAGGGAAACCGGAUUCGAUCUAUUACCAAAAAAGCCUUCACUGGUUUGGAUGCAUUAGAACAUCUAGACCUGAGUGACAAUGCCAUUAUGUCUUUGCAAGGCAAUGCAUUUUCACAAAUGAAGAAGCUUCAGCAACUGCAUUUAAAUACAUCAAGUCUUUUGUGCGAUUGCCAGCUAAAAUGGCUCCCGCAGUGGGUGGCUGAGAACAACUUUCAGAGCUUUGUGAACGCCAGUUGUGCCCAUCCUCAGCUGCUAAAAGGAAGAAGUAUAUUUGCCAUCAGCCCAGAUGGCUUUGUGUGUGAUGAUUUUCCCAAACCGCAGAUCACAGUUCAGCCAGAAACUCAGUCAGCAAUAAAAGGCUCCAAUUUGAGUUUCAUCUGCUCAGCUGCCAGCAGCAGUGAUUCCCCAAUGACUUUUGCUUGGAAAAAAGACAAUGAACUCCUGCAUGAUGCUGAGAUGGAAAAUUAUGCACACCUCCGGGCCCAGGGUGGCGAGGUGAUGGAGUACACCACCAUUCUGCGCCUGCGCAAUGUGGAGUUUGCUAGUGAAGGGAAAUACCAGUGUGUCAUCUCCAAUCACUUUGGUUCAUCCUACUCAGUCAAAGCCAAGCUUACCGUGAAUAUGCUUCCCUCAUUCACUAAGACACCCAUGGACCUGACCAUCCGUGCUGGGGCCACGGCACGCUUGGAGUGCGCUGCCACAGGACACCCAGCCCCACAGAUAGCAUGGCAAAAAGAUGGGGGCACAGACUUCCCAGCUGCAAGGGAGAGACGUAUGCAUGUGAUGCCUGAGGAUGAUGUGUUCUUCAUUGUGGACGUGAAGAUAGAAGACAUUGGGGUAUACAGCUGUACAGCUCAGAACAGUGCAGGAAGUAUUUCUGCAAAUGCAACUCUGACUGUGCUAGAAACCCCAUCCUUCUUGCGGCCUCUGUUAGACCGAACUGUGACCAAGGGAGAAACGGCUGUGCUGCAGUGCAUUGCUGGAGGGAGCCCUCCCCCCAGGCUGAACUGGACCAAGGAUGACAGUCCUUUGGUAGUGACUGAAAGGCACUUUUUUGCAGCAGGCAAUCAGCUGCUGAUUAUAGUGGACUCAGAUGUCAGUGAUGCUGGGAAGUACACGUGUGAAAUGUCCAAUACCCUUGGCACAGAGAGAGGCAAUGUGCGCCUCAGUGUGAUCCCUACUCCUACCUGUGACUCUCCUCAGAUGACCGCCCCAUCUUUAGACGAUGACGGAUGGGCCACUGUGGGCGUCGUGAUCAUAGCUGUGGUUUGCUGUGUGGUGGGCACGUCGCUCGUGUGGGUGGUCAUCAUAUACCACACAAGGCGGAGGAAUGAGGAUUGCAGCAUUACCAACACAGAUGAGACCAACUUACCCGCAGAUAUCCCUAGCUAUCUGUCAUCUCAGGGGACGUUAGCUGAUAGGCAGGAUGGGUACAUCUCCUCAGAAAGUGGAAGCCACCACCAGUUUGUCACUGCUUCAGGAGGCGGAUUUUUCCUACCACAGCAUGACAGUACUGGAAUCUGCCAUAUUGACACCAGCAGUGAAGCUGAUGUGGAAGCUGUUGCAGAUCCAUUCCUCUGUCCCUUUCUGAGUUCCUCAGGCCCAGUGUAUUUGAAGGGGAAUGUGUACGGUCCCGAUCCUUUUGAAGCCUGUCAUACAGGCUACAGUGCUGACCCAAGAACAGCUUUAGUGGAUCACUCUGAGCCCAGUUACAUAAAGAAAAAGGAUUGCUACCCCUGUUCUCAUCCCACAGAAGAGUCCUCUGAGCAGAGCCUCGGUAACCUGGGGUGGCCUUCACAUGUGAAGAAGCUCAUGAACUCCAGCUACUCUCAGAAUGAAGGACCUGCAAUGAAAAAUGUGUGUCUAAACAAGACCUCUUCGGAUUUUAGCACAGGUCUGGAACCAGCAUCAGUUACUUCAAGUAAUUCUCUCAUGGGGACAUUUGGAAAACCACUGAGAAGAUCUCACUUAGAUGCCUUUUCAAGCUUUGGACUGCCGUCAGAUUGUCAGUCAAGAGCCUUUCCCUUAAAAAUGCCUUCUCCCGACUUGGACUCCGAGUCAGAAGAUGAGAGAGAAAGGACAGAUUUUCAGGAAGACAAUCACACAUGUACCCAUAAACAGACUUUAGAAAACUACAGGACUCCAAAUUUUCAGUCUUAUGACUUGAACACAUAGACUGAAUGAGACCAAAGAAAACUUUUAACAUACUACCUCAAGUGGACUUUUAUUUAAGAGAAUGAAUCUUAUGUUUUUAAAUGGAAUUAUAAAUUUUAAAAUGAUAAAAUGUCUUAUUUAUACAGAUGAACCAAAAUUACAAAAAGCUAUAAAAAUUUUAUACUGGGAGUAACUUUCACAUUAAAAUACCUUUUAAAGUAUUGUAUAACUUUGUUUUAUGCAAAAAACUUAUGUAAAUUAAUGGUAUAAAUUCAUGACUAUUUUAUGUAUUUUUAUAAUACCAGAUUUCUUUUUAUUGAAAAUAAGUACUAAAACCUUUCAAAUAAUACUUGUCUUGUACGUUUUUUGAGUAGAGGUCACUUCAUUUUAUUUUGCACAUUACAUUUAAUAAAAUGUAUCAUUUUGAUGCUAAGUCCCUUUUUUACAAUAAUAUUUUUGAUGGUUUUCAACACAUUUUAGACUGAGUUCAUGUUAUCACCUCUUAAAUUGAUUAUCAUAUUUAACCCACUUGAAGCACAAGCAAAAAUUGCAACACUGCCUGUCUCCCCAGGGUUCAAUUCACAUUGUUGUAUGUGAAUAGGACCUACAAAGAUUUCAGGUACAUUGAUUUAUUUAACUCUCGAAACAAAAGACAAUUUAUUGUUAUAUUGUGGUGUACUAUAGUAUAUUCAUUGCUUAAAUCACUGGUGAACCUGUUUCUUUUUGUGGUCUACUAUCUUAAAUGUAUCCAAAUAGUUUCACAUUUGCCAGUCUUUGUAUUACAACAAAAGAUUGGUUUAUUGCACAUUUCUGUAGCUUAAAAGCUAUAGAUGAGGUGAAUGUUCAUCCCGGUCCCAGGUCUUAAAGCGACCCUAGUAGAAUUCUUUUCUGUUCUUAUUGAUUUUCUGUUGCAUGAGUGGUUGGUAUAUAUAAAUAGUACUUCUGAGCUGUUCAGACACUUUAAGAAUUAACAAAAUAUUUUCGUGAUUUGGUCAUCCUAUCUCCAUUUGGUAAAAGCUUAAAUAUUGAAUCUGUUAUUUUAAAACAUAAAACUACUUAAAACACUUGUUUUAAAUGAUAUUUGUUGAAAUUAUUGUUACAUGACAGGUCUAUGUACACAGAGAAAACAUCAUCUCUUUCCAAACAAGGUAGCAUUCUUCAGAAUAAUUAAAUGGGAGAAACCUACUAAGCUUAAUAACUCAGAUUUAAAGAUUAGAGUUUUUCUUUAGUAGAUCAUUGUGCAUAUGUGUAGUUUAAAAAACUCUGUUGCCCAGGAUAUGUUAAGUUGGCAUGAAAGGAGUUAAUACAGCGCACCAUGUUAAGCUUUAAAAAUCUAAACUUGAAGGUGGGAAUUUCUGCUUUUAUCAGUUCUUUGAACUAAAUUGAAAGCAGCUAUUGGAAAAGGUUUCUUUUCAUAGUAUAGUUGGGGGUAAAGUUUUCCUUCUUAGGUUAUUUUUUGCUUGUGAGUCAGGAGCCUGAACCCAGAUUGCAGUAAGAUUUUCUUCCCUUAAUUCAGACACCAGAGUCCAAGAGAGGAAGUUGGGUCUUUCUUGAGGGCCCCCAGUGACUUAAAAACAGAGCAGUUACUGUGUGUGCAUUGGCCUUAUCAUUGAAACCUUUGUUUCAAUAAUUUUUGAAACUUUAUUGUUAUUUUGUCUUCAUUAUUGUCAGAUGUGAUGCAGACGUCAUUUAGGGCAUUUGAAUGAUUAUGAACUUCUUUUAAAGAUUUAGAUUUUACAGAAUGGACAUUAAAGUUUAAAUCAAUGCCUGAAAUUUAAAACUUAGAUUCAUCAAUAUGAUCUUACCCCUUGACUGUGUUUAUAUGGUGAUACCUAUGGAGUAGAUGCAGUCUUAAUCAUCUGAGAAAAGAAUUUGAUUUCUCUCUGACUUUUUCAGGAGAAGAAAAUAUAUGAUGUUGAAACUUCAUAUUGAAUUAACACAUUUAAUUGGUAGAUGUUAAACUAUCCUGUAAUAAAAUAAACCUAAGGGAAAAAGCAAAAUAUAGGUAACUGUUAGAUCACUUGAUUUAUUUGUAUUUGUAGUGCUAAGGAUUGAACCCAGGGCUUUGUGCAUGUUACAGAAAUGCUCUGACACUGAGCUACACUUCUGGUUUCCUGUUCACUUUGUUUAUUGAUAAUGAGAAACAUUUAAAAGUUUCAGUUCAAUUUUUCUACCUUUGCUGAUAUAAUACUGCUUGAACUACAAUAUAUUUUAAGAUGGUCAUACAGUUUUUUUAAAUUCCAUUAUUGACACUAGAUAAUUACUAUGUUUCAUGUUAGAGAAAGUUAUUAAUUGUAAAAUUUUAUAAAAAUUAAUUAUUGAAUACAUAUUUCAUAGUCUUCCUACAGAACAAAAAUUAGAAAUUAUUUCUAAGAGCAGAGCCAAUCAUAAUGCUUUAAAAAUGUUGAUCGAAAAAAGGAAAGCAGUUUUUGGUAUCUGUCACACUCUAGGAGCUUUAGUCCUUUUGAUGUGAUAGAAAUACUUUAUAGCCAAUGUUACAAUAAAUAUACUAACAUUCUAUUAACACAUUGAGUAACACAAUGUUCUGCCCCUCCCCACCAAAAAAAAUUAGCCUUAAAGGAGAGAUAUAGUUUCUUCAUGAGUUAAAUAAUUUUAAUCCUGCAGAAACAUCCAGUUGCCAGACAAAAUUUAUCUUGUUCAUGAGAGAUUUCUUAAAUAAUGUAUUUUAACAGUACUGUAAAUUUUGAGAGAUUUCAGAUUUGCCCAAAUAGCACAGAAGAUUUACCUGAUCCUUUUGCUUGUCUUUGUUUGGUAGUGGUAUUAUUAUGAACUGAACCUACGGCCUGACAACUGAGAUUCACACCUAUCCCUUUUAUUAGUAGUAGUAUUUUUCUUUUCCCCCCUUUUUUUUAAAUUUUGAGACGGAUCUUGCUAGAUCGCCCACGCAGGGCUUUCUUCUAUCAUCUUCCUUUGCCCACCUCCCGAGGGCUGGGAUUACAGGCCUCUACCAACAUCCUGGCUUGGUACUCUGUUUAAUUGAGAGUUUAUUCCCAUAUAUUUAAGGAUUUACCCCAAUAUUUAGGACCCCUUUGUAAAGAAAUCUAGUUGUGGAAUACCUUUUGAUAAAUGUGUUUGAUUUUACAAAAUUUAUCAAUUCCAUUAUUAUGGUAGUAGUUACACAAUUCGGUAUCAAGGAUCAGAAUUCUAUAUCUGAAUUUGAUAUCCCCCAAUAUAUUAGAUACCCAUGAACAGGAGAAAAAUGAAACCAAUAGUCUCAUGCAGUUUUUUUAUUAAUAAUUGCAAUUUUUAAUUAAAGAACUUGUAAAAGUAACUUUGAAGAAUAAAAGCAAUUAACAUCUUUUACAAUUUAA